CUACUGACUUCCGGGACAGCUCAGCGCCAGUCCACGCAGCAGAGUUUCUCCCCCCGAUGCUCCAGGGGGCUCCUGCUCGCCCUCCGCGGACCCUCCACUCAGCUCCGCUCACUUUCAUCCGUCAGAGCCGCCCUGCCUCAGACACCAGGACCCGCCGGAGGUUCCGAACACUGGCCGGUUCGGAACCGAUAUCGGAGCUAACCCAGGAGGCUAGCGGCGUGCGUUAGCAGUGUGGGCUGUGGGGGUGAAGGUUCGGUCCGGACGGGGCAGAGCGCAGCAUGGCGUCUGUGAGCAGCAGUAAGACCGGGGAGGCUCCAAACCGGACUCAGAAUGAAGCUAACAGGAAGUUGAAGUACAUCAGUCUGGCGGUUCUGGUGGUCCAGAACGCUUCGCUCAUCCUCAGCAUCCGCUACGUGCGCACGUUGCCGGGGGACCGGUUCUUCACCACGUCGGCCGUGGUCAUGGCCGAGGUUCUGAAGGUGACGACGUGUCUGCUGAUCAUCCUGCUGCAGAAGAGAUUCAACCUGAAGGAGACCGCCUGCUUCCUGCUGGACUCCGUCGUCUUUCAGUACAAAGACACUCUGAAGCUGGCGGUGCCGUCCCUCAUCUACACGCUGCAGAACAACCUGCAGUACGUGGCCAUCUCCAACCUGCCGGCGGCCACCUUCCAGGUGACGUACCAGCUGAAGAUCCUCACCACGGCGCUCUUCAGCGUCCUGAUGCUCCGGAAGUCUCUGUCCAGGGUCCAGUGGGUCUCUCUGCUGCUGCUGUUUGGAGGCGUCGCCAUCGUUCAGGUGCAGCAGGAGGGAAACAAAGAGGCGGCGGUGGCUGACUCCUCCAGCCAGAACUACAUGGUGGGUCUGGUCGCCGUGGUGAUCAGCUGCCUGUCGUCAGGGUUUGCCGGCGUUUACUUUGAGAGGAUCCUGAAGGGGAGCUCUGCGUCGGUGUGGAUGAGGAACGUGCAGCUGGGGAUCUUUGGCACGGUGCUCGGCCUGCUGGGAUUGUGGUGGAACGACGGGCCCGCCGUGUCUGAGCACGGCUUCCUGUUUGGCUACACGGGCAUGGUCUGGUGCGUCAUCUUCAACCAGGCGUUCGGCGGGCUCCUGGUGGCCGUCGUGGUCAAGUACGCCGACAACAUCCUGAAGGGCUUCGCCACGUCCUUCUCCAUCAUCGUCUCCACGGUGAUGUCCAUCUACCUGUUCAGCUUCCAUGUGGACCUGCUCUUCUCCGCGGGGGCGGGGCUCGUCAUCGGUGCCGUCUACAUGUACAGCCUCCCCAAGCCUGCGUCCAGCGGGCCUUUUCCCCCAAACUCCACCUCUUCCUCUGCGUCUGCGGAGCCCCUGAGGACAGACAGAGGCGGCGAAAUGGAGGAGUUUCUGCCAAAGUGUUCAGGAAAAGAAAAAGGCUCCUGAGAUGAAACCGAGAUGCCAAACUGCUUCACUCCACGAGCAGCAGGACUGAAAUCCGUCUGCUCUGUCCCAGAGGUAAAGACACCUGAAAACGGGCGGAUCUCUCACACUCCAGCAGCUCUGAAAUUACACUACUUUAGUUUUCUCCAUUUGAACCCGGAAACAGUCCAGAUCUUCUAGCAGAAGUUUGUUUUUUAUAGUUUACAUUUCCUAAUGUUGCAAUGAUUAAUAUUUGAAAAGUUUGUUUUUAAAUGAGACAUUUUAGCUGAAAAGGAAAGAAACCCAAUGAAGAGGGAGGGAUUCUUUUUAUUGACUUUCACAAUAAAAGCAGAGCCAAACUGGAUUUUCUUCACCAGAAUCAACUUUCUGUCUGAAUCUUCUCUAAUUUUAUUGUUUUAAUAGUUUUCUUGGCUCAAUCUGAGUGAAAGUUUCAAUGAAAAACCAUCUUUAUUUUUAUCUGAAUCUCUGCAGCACAUUUAAAGCUCCUCAUUCAGCUCUUAGCUCAGACUAGCUGCCUCCUCCUGGAACCCUCUUUGCUGAACAUCUCCAGUUCUAUCAAACUAUUGCAGGAUUUUUCUCACAUGUUCUGAUGCCGACUGAAGCUUUUUUAAGAACUGUGAUCAUAUAUUUUAAUAGCUCGAUUUUAUUUUGACUUAUUAACAUCAUUUCAGCAGAAAAUCGGCCAAUUCAAAAGCCGAUCUGUAAAAUAUCACAUUUAACACUGACAUUUUUAAUGUAAAUCUUUUAUACUUAUUUCUAUUAGAAACAGAAAUUAUAAUAGUAAUGUCCUUAAAAAAUAUAAAGCAGCCUAAAUAACA